AUGUCGGAUUCUAGAAUACGUUCUAGAACACGAGACCAGGGUAUAAAAGGCAGGUACACUGUCAAAGCAGGGCAUUCAGUCAUCGACCUCAGAACAGCGAAGACCUCAAGAAGAAGAAGCCAGAAGAAGCGGAGAAGACCCUCAGCGGAGCAGCCUGAACUCAGCGGAGCAGCCGGAACCCAGUGGAGCACCGUGGAAGACGUCGAAGGAGCCCGAGCCUUCUGCGGAGCUUCGAGGAAUCCAGCGGAGAAGUCAGAAGCCUUCGGCAGCUGCGGAGCCAUAGCAGAGCCUCCGGCAGACUACCAGGGAAGUACUAUCGAACAAAACUCGAUAGUCGUGUUACGAACGAAAUUGAUUGAAAAUAAAAUUAGCGACGGUGAUCUUAAAGGUGCCGCUCGGCUCCUAUUCACAAGCGACGUGCUAUCGCCAGAUACUCCUGACACCCUUUCGGCAUUAAUUUCCAAACAUCCCCCGGCUCCUUCAGUGCCACACGUGUUGGCUCCACCUACAGCCGACCAGGCCUGCCUCCAAAUCGAAGGCAAAGACGUUGUCGACGCCAUAUUUUCUUUUAAAAACGGUUCGGCGGCCGGCCUGGAUGGGAUCUCGCCCCAACAUUUGAAAGACCUAAUCUCUCACUCCGUAGGAGACGCUGCUGAGCAGCUUAUCUGUUCCCUCACAAAAUUAAUAAAUUUUAUGUUUUCAGGCAAAAUCAAUUCCGAAAUUCUACCCAUUCUAUACGGUGCCAACCUGAUUGCCCUAACCAAAAAGGACGGAGGGGUGAGACCCAUUGCGGUGGGGUCCACACUGAGGCGUCUCGCAUCAAAAAUUGCGGUCCAGAACACGCGAGGCUUUUGGCGGUCGGAGCCCGGGAAGCCGGUUACUGGCUACAUGCCCAUCCCUCACCAAACACUGGUACUUUCUUGGAUCCGACCUCCCUUAGACUGGCGAUUGGCCUGCGACUUGGGGUUUCGGUGUGUACGCUACACAUAUGCUCUUGUGGCACGGACGUGGACCGACUGGGACACCAUGGAUUAUCUUGUCAAAAAAGUGCAGGCCGUUUUUCGAGACAUGCGUCGCUUAAUGACAUUAUCCGUCGGUCCCUUGCAACCAUCAAUGUGCCUGCUCUCCUUGAGCCGACUGGCAUAAUCAGAGA